AUGCGCGAUUCUAAGAAUGGUGGCUCGGUUAUCAACAUCUCUUCAAUUUCAGGCCUCGAACGAGGCCAGUUGCCCGGCGGACUCGCUUAUGUCUGCUCCAAAACUGCGGUCAACGCAAUGACUAAGGUUAUGGCGCUAGAGUUAGGGGCGUACAAAAUACGAGUCAAUUCCAUAUCUCCCGGUCUAUUCAAAUCCGAGAUAACACAAGGCCUAGUCGAAAAACAGUGGCUGAAAAAUGUGGAACAAAGGACUGUCCCUCUGAGAUCGUUCGGGACAUCAAAUCCUGCUUUAACAUCACUUUUACGGUAUUUGAUUCACGACUCAACCGAGCAUGUCACGGGCAACCUCUUCAUAGUCGAUGCUGGAACUACUUUACCUGGUUUUCCCAUUUUCUCCUCCCUUUAG